AUGCCCACUUUGCGCGAGCGCCCCAGCAGAGGCGACUCCUCCCCCGCCAAGAGGAACACCACGUCUUCAGCUGCUGCCCCGACCAGGACAACCGCCCGCAGAACCACCCCCAGAACCACGCGACGACAGUCCAGCAACGCCAACAGCAAUAUUAUGGCUGCUGCCCCGGCCCGUGACGCGAUCGAGGUACGCGAGUCCAUCGAGGCCAAGGGCGACGUCGAUGAUGAUGUAGACAUGGAGGAUGUCGAUGCGAAAGACGACGAGCCACGCAAACCCACCGACAAAGACCAAGAUGCGGACAUGGCCGACGACCGAGAAGACGACGAGGACGAGGACCAAGACCAAGACGAAGAAGACGAAGAAGAGAGUGAUUCUGCCAAGGAUCUCUUACAGCUAAUCAGAGACACGUCCGAGUACCUGUGUCGGUACACCAUCAAGGUGGAUGGAGAGGACUACGAGAUUGCCUCUGGCUUCCAGAGGUUAGUCAACAAGCGGAGUCUUCCCGAUUACUUUGAGGUUAUCAAGACCCCCAUGGCCUUCAGUACCAUCAGGGGCAAGCUGGGCAAAAAGAGCUACACAAGCUUCAACGAAUUCGUUCAAGACGUGACGCGCAUAUGCCACAACGCACAAGUAUACAAUAGACCCUCCGCCCCCAUCUUCUCCGACGCCGGUCGGUUGCUCGAGGUUUUCAAAGAAAAGCUUGCCGAACUCGUCCAGAAGGGGGACAUUACCGAGAAAGACGCCGAGAUCCCCGACUACGGUCCGUUACCCGAGUUUGAAGAUUCGCCAACCCCCGAAGAGGAAGAGGAUGAGGAAGAGGAGGAGGAGGAGGAGGAAGAAUCAGAAUCGGAUGACUCAGAUGCUGUCGACUCGGAUGGGCGGCGCCGGCGUGGACGGAGACGCGGUGGCCGGUCUCGAAGAAGGAAACAAGAUGACGACGAUGAUGAGGCCCAAAAGAAGCACACGAGAUCCCUCAAGGUCCUCACGCCGCAAGAGGCCAGGAUACAGGCCCUACUCAAGGGGCUGCGGAAAUUCAAAAACGAAAAUGGCCAUGUGCGCAUCAAUCACUUUCAGAGGCUCCCUGACAAGUCAGAAAGCCCGGGUUAUUACGCCGCCGUGCGCAACCCGAUUGCGUUGGAUAUGAUCAUCAGGAAGCACAAGCGUAAAAAGUACCAAAAUCUCGACCAAGUCCUCCAGGACCUGGAACUCAUGUUUGAGAAUGCGAAGCUCUUCCACGAACAGGGGAGUGAAGAGUAUGAAGAUGCGGUUGAACUACAAAAAGAGGCGCGCGCCCUCGCGGAGCAGGAAAAGGCCAAGCCCGACGAUGACUUUCGCGACGCAGAUGGAAAGCUGCCCUUGGACAGCAUUGAGCACGGAGGCGAGCUGUGGCGAGUGGGUGAUUGGGUUCACAUCCGUAACCCUAACGAUCUUUCCAAGCCCAUAGUCGCGCAGAUCUACCGCAUGUGGUCGGACAAGUCUGGCCAGAAGUGGGUGAACGCCUGCUGGUUCUAUCGCCCAGAACAGACGGUCCAUCGGUAUGACAAGUUCUUUUACGAGAACGAGGUGGUCAAGACAGGCCAGUAUCGCGACCACCGGAUCGAAGAAGUUGAGGACCGAUGCUUCGUGAUGUUCAUUACCCGCUACCCCAAGGGCCGCCCUCGCGGAUUGCCAUAUAACAAAAUGGUGUACGUCUGCGAGGCGCGGUACAACGAAGAGAAAUGCAAGUUCAACAAGGUCAAGACGUGGUCCAGCUGUCUGCCCGAAGAGGUUCGCGACCAGGACUAUGAGAUGGAUCUCUGGCCCGUGCCGCGCACCAUGAGGAAGAUCCCCAGUCCCAUCAAGCAUCUGCUGCAAGCCGACGCCAAAGAGACGGACGACUUGCCGAAACCGACGUGGAGGAGCCCGAAUGCGCCUCCCCUCAUUGGGGCGGUCCAUCGUCGCCCUCGUGAGCCCAAUCUGACGACAGAUCUCUCGAACAAGGAGUCGCCUCCGCCAGAAGCUCACCCAAUAUUCAUCGCGCCUGUGCCGCUGGCUAUUGGUCCUGGCCCUGGCUCCGGAUCAUCGCACCGUCAGUCCUUCUCUGGUGGUGUUCCAGGAACACCAACAUUCCAUCCCUCUGUCGCUCCCGUGCCUGGACCUGGUGGACACGUCGCGUUUGGAGGUCAACAUUACGUGCAGCAUUUCGCACCACGGCAACAGCAGCAGCAGCCACCCCAGGGUCACGGCAUCGCUCCUCACAUCGUCCAGAUUCACGGUCAUCCGCAGUCGCACCCGCCGCCGCCGCCGAUCCAUCAGUAUCAACCGCAGCUGCAACCACAUCCCCAUCAGGGUCUCCAUCAGCAGCCACUAGGACCCCAGCACCAGCACCAGCCAAUGCCCGGCAUGCCCAUGCACGUGCAGCCCCAUCAACCCGGGAUGCCCCCGAUGCAGCCAAGCCCCCAUCAUUACCCACACCAGCAGCCUCCUUCUUACUCGCACCAACAACCUCCUCCGUACCACGGUCCCGGGCCACAACACGUCCCAAUUCCUCAGCCUCCACACCAGCCGCCGCCGCCGCCGCAGCAGCAACAACAACUCCAACAACAACAACUUCACCAGCCCUACCAGCAAAUUCAAUACAUUCACCACGGCCCCCCGACCACACAAAGCCAGCUCGCUCCGGCGCCGCCUCCCGGGCCCCAGUACGACCCCCAUCACCCACAUUCCAGGCCGGUGCACGCGCACCCGCCGCCACCACCACCACCACCACCACAACAACAGCCCUUUGGAGUCGGCCCACCGCACCACCCUGGUGUCCCCAUAGGCCUGCCGGUAGCGCAUCACUCCCAUUCUCAUCCGCAGCCGUCGCCAAUAGCGCCCAACUUCCCCACGCCCAACAGGCACCACCAGCCACCUCCGAUGGGAACUCCCAUGCAGCAGCACCCGCCAACCAUGCCACAGCAGCUCGCCCCAGGUCCGGCCGCUGGUAAUGCGUACAACGCGCCGCGUGCCCCCGAGGUCUACACCCUUGCCGAGAACAUCGACAGUGAGAUCCCGGAGGAGGUGAAGAAGCAGUUUCAGACGGACGACCAAGGACGUGUCCUCUUUUUCACCGCGCCACCCCUUAAUCGGGCUUCUGUUCGCAAUGGUGGCGUGGCGGAGCAGUACGCUGGAUUGGGUCACAGUGUUCACUGGGAGAGCAUCAAAGCUCUCAAGGAGGAGCGGAGGCGCAAGAGGAAGGAACGGGAUGAGGCGCUGCAGGAAGAGGCAAACAAGCGCAAAGCUGCCAAAACCGCCGAGGCAAAGGCGAUUGGCGAGGGGGAUGAGCACAAAAAGGCACUGAGUCUGCUGGAGGAGGGCAUCCUUCAGUGGUGCGAGCAGAUGCAGAAGGGGACGAAGCAUUUGGAGGAAUUGCUAGGGGGCAGGGAGGAGUGGGAAGAGAUGAUGAGGCAAAGUAAGGAGGAGAACAAGGGGCUAACGGAGGCGGAGAUUAGGAAGAAGAGUUUAAGGUGGUGGCUUGAGGAUCAGAUCAAGAAGGGCUUGGUUACGGAGGAGGAAAGGAAACAGUUGGAGGAGGCUUUUCUGGCCGAUGCAAAGGGUUUGACGAGCGUCAAGGCGACGGGGUUGAAGGCUUAG